AGGAGCGCGGUGCGGUCGGGGAGCCGCGCACGGGCGCAGCGGGGAAUAUUCCCAGCAUUGGCCUUUCCAGCCAUUUUUGCUUCAAAGCCGUUUCCAGGUGCCUUGCGCCGGAGGCUGGAGCGUUGGAGCAUCUUUAAACGUUUGGCGUGCAGAAAUCCGGCAGCUGAUGAAAGUGGCUGCCACUAUGAUAACCACCUUGCUUUGCAACAUGAUAUUUCUGCUGGCAUUUGGGUCGGCUUCAGCUUUUAGCCACAGCCCUAGGACACCUGACAGGGUUACUGAAGCUGAUAUUCAGAGGCUCCUCCAUGGGGUUAUGGAGCAAUUAGGAAUUGCCAGACCCCGAGUAGAAUAUCCAGCACACCAGGCUACGAAUCUUGUUGGUCCACAGAGCAUUGAAGGUGGUGCACAUGAGGGUCUCCAGCACUUGGGUCCUUACGGCAAUAUCCCAAACAUCGUGGCUGAGCUGACAGGAGAUAAUGUACCAAAGGAUUUCAGUGAAGAUCAAGGCUAUCCUGACCCUCCAAAUCCCUGCCCUAUUGGAAAUACAGGUGAUGAUGGAUGUCUAGAAAACACCCCAGACACAGCAGAGUUCAGCAGGGAAUACCAACUGCACCAACACCUUUUUGAUCCAGAGCAUGACUACCCCAGCAGGGGCAAGUGGAGCAAGAGUUUACUCUUUGAGAAAAUCAAUGGUGGUCCAAAAAGAAGAAAGAGGAACGUGAACCCAUAUCUGCAAGGACAGCGACUGGAUAAUGUUGUAGCAAAGAAGUCUGUUCCACAAUUUUCAGAUGAAGACAAAGAUCCUAAAUAAGUGCAAUAAAAAUGAAAGAUAAAAAUUCAUGCCAUCCUCUUCUAGAUCAUGAUAUUGCUUAUAUAUAAUCAUCUAUUAAAAUCCUUGUGAAUGGCAGCAUGCUUGUUAUUUAUAUAAUUGUAGAUGAAAACCAGCUGUAUUUAUACCAGCAUGUUCUCCUAGAUGAUAAAAGUAUGGUUCUGCUUUUUGUUAAGUUAUGGUAAAAGGACAUUUCUGUUGUUUUUAUUUUAGUCACGGAGCAAACUUUAAAAAUGUUAGUCAUUUUGAUAGCUAAUGUGAGGUAAAUGGUCUUAAUGAGAAGCUUGUAAAUAGGAAGAUGAAAAAAAUUGCCAAGUCUGACUCCAGCGUUUAAUCUUAAAUGUUACUAUGUUUGACACAUGAAAAUUAUAGUUUUAUGUUUUGUUCACAAAUAUUGUUACUUAGCAAAGACAAAGUAUUUAUUUUACGCAGAGAAUUUUGGCUUUUGGUCCAUUUUAAUAAACAUUUAAGCAAUCUGCAAGGUUUGCAAAGUGACAUUUUCCAAAAUAUUUCAGAGGUUCGUUUGUCUCUGUUAUUGCUGUGCAAAUUUAAAAAUUAAAGAACUGCUUUUUGACUGUAUUUACUGGAAUAUUUUUCUGUUAGUUUCAAUCAUUCCAUGCCCACAACUUUCCUGAACACUUGAACAUCUUCCUUCCUUAUCAAUGGAAUUGUUAUGUGAAAAUUAAUCUCCCCUGCUGUUCUUUGUCUUAGUAACUGAAACAUUUGUGCAUUAUAGUGUUGUUAAAUUAUAAGUAAAGAUGGAGAUAUUUGUCUGUGUUAAUAAGGUUGUGUCAACAACCUCUGAAUCUAAAUCCAGGAUAUGAAGGUCAUUACAGUUGAUCUUCUGAAAAAAAAAUGCUACUCUAAUAACACUGGUAGCUAUCACUGCUCUUGAAGUUGUUCUGGGAAGCUUAAAUUGCCUUCUUGCCCCUAGGAGGUUGAAGAACUUCAUAUUCCAAGGUUCUCCCUUUCUGAAAGAUGAGAAUACGCCUGAAUAUUUCAAGCCAUGUGAAUGGAGCACCGGAGUUAUGGAAAACAGUGUUAGCUUACAGCUAAUAUUACAGAUCUGUGGUGAAAAAAGUAGUUGCCCUUCCCAUCCUAUAGAAAGACACAGUAAAAUAAUGAUGACCUCUUAGAAAAAAAAGAAAAAGAAACAGGUAAGAAAUUAAGGUUCCUAGCUACAUAAAGUUAACAGGAUGUUACAAAUAUGACUGUCAAUGGCACUUGCUUUUUUGUUUUUUGUCCCACCACUUAGUAAUUAGUAAUAAAUUGUAUGUAGAGAAUUGACCCUCUCAUGCCAUUUAUGGAUAGAUUGCAAAACUCUAACAUAUUUGAAUGGACUGUCAUAUCCUUUGUCAUAUUUCCUUUUAAAAAAAUCUUGAAAACUGGAUAAUAUGUCAUGAAGUGGGAUUUAUACUCACACAUGACACAAAAAUGAGGAAUUUCUAUGAAUCACAGAGCUCUCUUGGCUUCCAGUGGCUGGAACAGGCUGGGAGCAAUCUAGCUGUUCACGUGACAGAACUCGAAUUCUCUGCGUCUUAAACUUACCCUUUUUAUCUGCACUCCUGUUUAGUCUUCACACAGGUAUUGAAAGCUGCAAAGCUACAAUGAUUGCUCCAAAAACCAACAAAAAGUCUCUCUGUAUAAAUCUGACAUUAAAACCUACUGAUACCCAGUGGCCCAGAGUGUGUGAAAUGUCAUUUCUUCCAUCUAACCCUGCUGCCAGCCACUGGUGUAGCUACAAGGAUUCCAGGUAGUUGGAGGCUAGAUGCCAUUCCUAAGAAAAUGGUGUUUCUUCAGAUCCUUGACUGUUCCAUUGAUACUUCUAAAGCAAUCUGAGUUACAUUCUGUCCUUAUAGCUCCAGUAAAAUCCAUCUGAAUCGCAAAAAUGAAACAAUCAUGAUGGCAAUUUAUUUCAUUUUUUAAGCUCUUAUUAAGGACAAGUGCGUAACAAAAGGAGGUGUGUACAGUAAAUGGGCUUGAAAAGGGAAGGGCAAAGAAGCACUGCUUGCUUAUUAGCAUCAGUAAUCCCACAUGUAAUUUUGUGAAGCACAUCAGGUCACUCCAGCCCUGUGGGGAUGUGAAAUCCAGCACUGCAAACUGGCCAGAACGGGGAUACCCGGCAGGCUGCCUGCAGACUGCGUGUGGCCAGAAAAGCUGCCCUCCUGUGUAUGAUAGAUCUGCACAGUGCAGGCAAAGGAAAAAUACUACAAUUCAGACCUGGUUUUGUCCUUAAAUGCAAGUAGAGAAAAAAAAAAAAAAUCUUUACACUGCAGAAUACGAUGUGUCUUACAGGAACUGUCUGCUGGAACAAGUCAAGCGCGUGGUGGUGAGCAGCUGUCUGCUGAGUUCAUCAGGCAGCUUGAGUGUUUCACCAGGAAGACUCAGCAGUACUAUUGUGAAAUUUUAAUAAAAUAUAUCUAUUGCACCAUGAUAAUGAGAUUAAUUAUUCUAAUUUCAGUUUUACGGUAGAGCUGCCUUUCGGUACUGGGAUUGACUCGUCCCAUAUUGAUUAAAAAAAAAAAAAAAAAUAGAAAAAACAAGCAAAAAUUCUUGUCCCUCCUACUGUUCUAACAGUCCAAACAUGUAUAUGGAAUUUUUUUAAGCAGAAUAACCACAGUGCUGGUCUUUCAGAAUCAAUGAACAAAGAUACCAACUAUCCCUCCUCACUCAGAGUUCACCAAAGCAAUAUUUACAAGGAUGUAAAUAGCCACACAGGUGUAAUUGCCCUUUUACCUUUAUGAUGCAUGUGAAUUAAGGAGCAUGUAUAUUGAUACAGUUGUUUAGAAUUUUCAUUAAAUUAAAAACUUUUAGAGUAUUUUAAAAUUUGCAAGUGUGUUAAUUACCUCUAAUGCAUUAGAGACACAAUGUGCUUGAAGGAAAUGAUACAAAAUAAACUCUAUUGCCCUGAAA